GCAUCAAUUGCAUUCACGAGACUCCCCCAAAAAAACAACUACCUCCAAAAUCUCCGCUCAGGGUCAGUUAAUACCGGGUUUAAACCGAAAACCCGACCCGGUUUCCAUUCUUUAUCCUCCUUGACUAAGCAUCGCCAUUCUCUUUCGUCGAACCUGAGAUUUGUUGUUCAAAACCAAAAAGACCUGAUAUUUUAACCCGACCCGGAUUCAGUCUUUUAUGCUUCUUCUGCAGUGAUAGGCAUCGCCAGUCUCUCUCGUUCGAACCUGAGAUUUUGACCCGACCCGACCGGUUUAACCCGAAACCCGACCCGGUUUCAGUCUUUUAAGCUCCUUCUGCAAGUGACACCAUCGCCAGUCUCUCUCUCAUUCGAACCUGAGAUUUUGACCCGACCCGGUUUCAAAUCCUAACCGCCAUGGACUUCUCUACAACGACGACUACUUCCACGGCGGCGAACGGUCACACUUCUCCGCGAGACUCUUCAAUCCCCUCAAGCUUCACAAAGUUCAACUCCGCUCUAACGGCGGGCCUCCUCAACCCGAUGUCACCUCCUCCUCCUCCUCCUCCGACGAUGCACGACAAGUCACGAGCAAGUCCGACGCUAUUCGAGAUGAUGUCCAGCGAAGCCGGAUCUCCCGUUCAGAUCCAAAACCUCGUCCUUCCAUCGUCCUCUUCCUCGAGAACGACGUCGAAUCAUCUCGUAAUCUCAGCUCAGGACAAGCAAGCGCUCGCAAUGCAACGGAUUUCGAAUCUUUUAGUGACUCGGAGCCCCGGGAACCAGUUCAACGACCCGGCUUCGAGCGACGUGAAGCUCACUCUGAGCUCUAAGGAUGGGAUUAGCAUCACGAUGUGUGUGCACAGGCAGAUUCUUGUAGCUCAUAGUAGGUUCUUCGCUGUGAAGUUGUCGGAUCGUUGGUCGUCGUCUCCGUACAUUGUUGAGAUCUCGGAUUGUGAUGACGUGGAGGUUUAUAUAGAGACGUUGAUGUUGAUGUAUUGUAGGGAUUUGAGGAAGAAGAUGAUGAGGCAGGACGUGUCUAGAGUUCUUGGUAUCUUGAAGGUUUCGGCUGCUAUUGGGUUUGAUGCUGGAGUACUGUCGUGUCUUGAGUAUUUGGAAGCAGCACCGUGGUCGGAAGAUGAGGAACACAGAAUUGCUUCUUUGUUGUCUGAGUUACACCUUGAGAACGUGGGAGCAACGGAAGUUUUGAGAAGGGUUUCUGUAGAAGCUACUCACAAUGGGAGCAGCAACGAUGAGGUGCUUUUGAAUCUUUUGCAUAUAGUUCUUGAAGGUAAAGACGAGAAAGCUAGGCGUGAUAUGAAAACCCUUGUUUCGAAAAUGCUUAGGGAGAACUCUUCUGGUAAUGAUCUUAGGAAAGAGUCAUUGUAUUUAGCUUGUGAUGGGUGUUUGCAUAAGCUUAAGCGUCAGUUUCUACAAGCAGCGGAGUCUGAUUUGGAGAAUGUUGAUCAGAUUGGGAGACAAGCGGAUAAUCUGCAUUGGAUUCUGGAUAUUUUGAUUGAUAGACAGAUUGCAGAGGAUUUUCUUGUGAUGUGGGCUUCUCUCUCUGAGCUAUCUGAUGUGCACGGUAAGGUUCCCGUUGUUCAUAGGUUUGAGAUAAGUAGAGUGACGGCAAGGAUUUUUGUUGGAAUUGGGAAGGGGCAGAUUCUGACUCCAAAGGAGGUGAGGUGUUUGUUGCUGAGGAACUGGUUGACACCUUUCUACGAUGAUUUUGCGUGGAUGAAGAGAGCGUCGAAAGGGCUUGAUAGGUAUUUAGUGGAGGAUGGAUUAAGCAAUACCAUUCUCACUCUUCCUCUUGCUUGGCAGCAAGAGUUUUUCUUGGCUUGGUUUGAUCGGUUCUUGAACUCAAAUGAAGAUUGUCCUAAUAUCCAGAGAGGCUUUGAAGUUUGGUGGAGAAGGGCGUUUUGGAGAAGGAAAGAACAGAGUCAAGAGCCUCCGCGGCUAAGAGUCAUAUCUUCAGGCUCUGAAAACUCUUGAGAGAUCUUGUUAAACCCUGUGUGCUGUUUCUUGAGGAUCACACAAUGAGGAAGAAGAUGAAUCCAAAUCCAAAAAAAAAGAGAAGGUUAUGUGAGAUAUUGGACUCGGGAUUGGGGAAUGAUGAAAGGAGAUGUGCAAGCUUAAUCGGAUUUUAAUACAUCGAUCACGAUUAGAAUUAGUUUUUGCAUGAACAUGAUCGUUGGAAGUAGUUUUCAUUUUGAUUGAGCCAGAGCUCGUUUUUUUUGUACAUCUCUCUCUUACGUUUUUCUUAUCUCCAAUGUAUCUGAAAAGUAACUUUGAGGUCAAACCACUCUCUAUGCUUUCUCUACUUUGG